UACCGUCCCUGAAUAAUACACACUUUUCCGUACGUCUUUACUCUAGAAAACAUGAGCCGGCCAUCGAAAAUUAUAAGUUCGGCGUAAUAAAACUUCUUGCUCGGCACAUAGAUGUGAAACAGCUGAUUUACAUGUGAAACGUUUAUAGAAAAGAAAAAUAAAAGCAUUUUCGUGUGUGAAGUGAUUCGCGUUUUUAUUAAAUUGUGGACAUUAAUAAAUCAAAUAAAAUGCUGGGAAGUCGGCGAAACUUAAAAAGGUUGGGAAAUCCCAAAAAUGCAAAAUCGAGCAUUGAAGCACCUUAACUCAAAGGACGAACAGGUUCUACUCGAAGGUGAAAAACGAUGUGAAAAUUGUAAAAGGUUAGAGGACAAAAUUGAUCAAAAAUUCCAAGAACUAGCAGAUAGAACGAAUCAUCAAAAUACAAUUAUAAUGGAAGCUUUGGCAGAACAAAAUGUCCUAAUUAAUAGGACAUUUAAUUUACUAAUUUUUAUUUUUUCUCAGAUUGCGUUAUUUCGAUAUAUGGCGCAGAAGGUGCUGAAGAAAAAAUACGAAAAGCGAUUCAUUUAUCAAAGAAGCGGCAGUUAAAAAAGUUGCUUACGAAUAAAAGAAAUGCCACCAGCGAUGAUAAUAAAUAAUGAGUAUAAACUCUUUUAAAGUCCAUUGACGAAAUUCGAUGAAUUCUUAGUUUUAAAAUGAAGUUUUGUAUUAUUUUUCACACAUUUUUCUUUAUAUUAAUGAUUCAAUGAUUUUCUAAACAGGAUACAAGAAAACUGAGUAAGUGUAUGGUGUCUUUUAAUAUUAGCAUUGUUUUUCAAACUAAAUUUUAUUUUUUUGUUAAUUUUGCAUUAAACAUGGGCUAAGUUUUAACAGACACCGUAUAAAUCCAAUUCUUAUUAAAAAGUUUGUGGUUUAGGUGAAACUCCAAAUUUCUCAUAAAUUUCGUAUAAAGUUCAAAAAUUGGAUUUAUACAGUGUUUGUUAAACCUUAAGCCAUAUUUUAAUACAAUAUGGAUUAACAAAAAAAUAUUUAAUAUGAAAAGCAUUGCAAAUAGUAAAACUAAUCAUCGUAUAUCAGUUUUGUGACUAAGGGUAUAUUAAUAUGUUAACUUCGUUAUUAAAUUGAUUAUUUUUUGCUUAAAAUAUGUAACAAAAUAGUAGUAGUCGACAUAUGACCACUUUUGAAUAUUAUUCUUUUGCGUGUUUAAUGCUCGUUAAUUUUUUAUAAGUGAAUAGCAUA